CACUUUAAUUUCUUUACUGCCAGAAAUGCUAAGCUAGGAUUGUCCCCACUCAUCAGUAGUAUCACUAGUGUAAAAAUGGAAUAGCAACUUUAUAAACAUGGAAAAGUCGAAGAAAUUACAACUUACUGAUAAAAUUGUCCCCACUCAUCAGUAGUAUCACUAGUGUGAAAAUGGAAUAGCAACUUUAUAAACAUGGAAAAGUCGAAGAAAUGACAACUUACUGACAAAACUGUCACCAUUCAUCAAUAAUUCAAUAUCACUAUUAUUUACAAGUGUGAAAAUGAAAAAUCAACGUCAACAUGGAAAAGUGGAAGCAAUUACAGCUGGCUUGAAAGUGACUUUGUUGAUUCAAUAAUUGAGAUGUAAAUGAUGUGAACCACUUAUUGUUGUUAGGAUAACUGUUGAAAUACAAUUACUUGGAUGGUAUUUGGUUAUCACCCCAUUUUCACCAUUACUACUUUUACUAUCACUCUUCUCUUCUCCUCUUUCUCGCACAAAUUUCUGCAAAUCAAAUCAAAAAUGGACAUUGGAACAGCCAUGUCUGUUGCACAAACUUUGUUAGCAGCGCUGCAGUGUUCCCAGCUCAAUGAGAUCUGCUCCAUUGCUGGCUACAAAUCCAAACUCGGUGAGCUCCGUGCCACUGUCGUAAGAAUCAAAGCUGUGCUCGAGGAUGCUGAGGAUGCUGAGGCCAAACAAGUGCUGUCCAAACAAGUACAACUCUAUAUUGAAGAGCUCAAGGAUGCAGUUUAUGAAGCCGAUGAUCUCUUCGAUGAGUUUGUCACUCUUGCUGAGCGGAAGCAGCUCACCAAGGAUCGUGUGUUUUCCGUUUUUAGCAAGUUUGGUACUGCUUACAGAAUGCGUCAGGCGGUUACCAAGGAUCGUAUCUUUUCCGUUUUUAGCAAGUUUGGUACUGCUUACAGAAUGAGUCAGGCGGUUACCAAGAUCAAGAAUAAGCUGGAUGCUAUUGCUUCUGAUAAACGCUUCAGCUUGGGCGUUGAUCCUAAGCCCAUUAAGGAUCGAAGGCCUGAGACCUGUUCCUAUGUGUAUGAAGCUGAUGAAAUCACUGGAAGAGGGCUUGAUUUAGAGAAGAUUGUUGGUGUGUUACUUGAUUCAAAUGUUCAGCAAAAUGUUUCUUUUCUUUCUAUUGUUGGGAUUGGUGGGUUGGGAAAAACAGCGCUUGCCCAACUUGUGUAUAACGAUGAAAGAGUCACAACUGCAUUCUCAUCAAAAAUGUGGGCUUGUGUCUCUGAUGAGAAUGAGAAGUUGUUGGAUGUGCAAGGGGUUCUUGAUAAGAUUCUAGCUUCGGCCACAGGUGAAAAGAAGAUGAAUGGGGACUUUACCAUGGAUGUGCUGCAAAAACGACUUCGAGAACAACUUCUUGGGAAAAAAUACUUGCUUGUUUUGGAUGAUGUGUGGACUGAAAAUUAUGAGCAAUGGCAAAAUUUGAAGCAAUAUUUGAUGGGAGGUCAGACUGGAAGUUGGAUUGUGGUUACAACGCGCUCACAUCGAACUGCGGAAAUCAUAGGAGAGGGUCUAAAGCAUGAGCUAGAAGGCUUGUCAAAGGAAGAUUCAUUGCGUUUACUUAAAAAAGUAGCAUUUGGAUCACAACACUCAAACCCUCCCGAAGACUUGGUCAAAAUUGGUGAAGAUAUUGUAAAGGAAUGUGCUUUUGUCCCUCUUGCAAUUAGAGUGGUGGGAAGUCUUCUCUUUGGCCAAGAAAAAAAUAUUUGGCUGAAAAUUCAAAAGUUGGGAUUAGCGCAAAUUAAUAGAAGCGAACAUAGCAUCAUACCUACAUUGAAGCUGAGUUACUACCAGCUUGAAUCCCCACUGAAAAGUUGUUUCUGUUAUUGUGCAAUUUUCCCUAAAGAUUAUGUGAUGGAGAAGGAUACAUUGAUAAGGCUUUGGAUGGCACAUGGCUACAUCCCAUUGAAUGAUCCUCAGAGUCCGGAAGAUCUCGCUGAGGAAUAUUUCUCGAUCUUGUUGCGGAGAUGUUUCUUGCAAGACGUGAAGAAAGACGAAGAUGGUAGCAUUGAAUCAUGUAAGAUACAUGAUUUAAUGCAUGAUCUUGCUCAACAAGUUGUGGGAAAGGAGAUUUGCAGAGGGGAAACCAUGAAUGGGGAUGUAGACAAAAAAGUUCGCCAUCUCUCUCUUAAUUUCCCUUUUACUAAUAAGAAGAGCCGCCUACGUUCAUUUCUUUUGGGGUUUGAUUGUGAUCAGCUUUGUGUGGCUGCAUUAGUAGGUAAUUGGAAGUAUAUAAGGGCAUUGGACUUGCGUGAGUCAACAAUCAAGAGUUUGCCGGGCUCAAUAGGUGACCUGAUACAUUUGAGGUACCUAGACCUCUCACAUAUGAGAGGUCUAGAAGUUCUCCCAGGAUCUAUUACAAAACUAUAUAAUCUCCAGACUUUAAACUUAAGUCAUUGUAGAGAUUUGAAAGAAUUGCCAAAAGAUUUGAGCAAGUUGGUUAAGUUGAGGGUCUUGGAUUUAACAUAUUGUUAUGAGCUGAGGUAUAUGCCAAGGGGCAUGCGUAAGUUGAGUUGCCUUCACACUCUUAAUUUGUUUGUGUUGGGAGACAUGAGUUCAAGUGAGAAUAACUUACUUGAAGGGCUGGAAGAUCUAAAAGCUCUAAGUAACUUGAAAGGUUCUCUUGAUAUCUGGGUUCGAUAUAUGAAGACAGGUUAUAAAAUAAAUGGUGGAAAGGAAGGUGGGUGCCUGGUGAACAAGGAACAUCUGAAAGAAGUGUGCAUUAAUUUCCUCAAUAAUGGAAGAAGGGAGUAUGAAGAAGCAGUGAUGGAGGAGUUGCAGCCACAUUCUAAUCUCAAGAUAUUUCGGAUGGUGGGAUAUGAAGGUGUGAGAAUGCCAAGUUGGGCAAGGGACAAUUAUAACUUGGCAACCUUUCUCCCUAAUCUUGUUCGAAUAGAUUUUUAUUGUUGUGAGCAAUUGCAGCAUUUGGGACAAUUACGACUUCCUCAAUUGAAAAGAUUAAGGUUGUUUAAUUGUCCAAACCUAACAGCUAUUUUGGAGUGUCCUGCAUUGGAAAAUAUUAAGCUAGAACUAAAUGAAAAUAUUAAUCUUUCAUUCAAUGAAAGAUUGAAAAUAAUACCAAUAUCAGGGGGAGAGGCCUCACCUUAUGAAAUUGGUCCCAAUUUAAGGAAGGUUACAAUCGACAAUGUGGCAUGGCUUAAUUCACUGCCCAUGAACUCUUUUCAUGAUUGUGCAAAGCUUUGCAUAACUAGGGACUACAAGGUGGAAAGUUUGGGAGAAGCUAUGGAGGUGUUUCGUAGCUGUUCGGCUUCCCUGAAGUACUUAAAAAUUGAUGGUUGCAACAAAUUGAAGAGUGUACUACGUGGAGGUUUAGAGCAUCUCUCUGCCUUAGAGGAGUUAGAAAUUAACAAUUGCGAUAAUUUGAAUGAAUCUGAAGAAGUAGAGAGAGUAUCCUUUUGUCAAUCCCUUCGCUCAUUAAAAUUGGGUUCUCUUAAUCAGCUGGUACAACUGCCCAAUUGGAUACAGUACUUGUUUGCCCUCCAAACCCUUACUAUUCACAAUUGCAAAAAAGUGGAAUCAAUGCCAAAUUGGAUUUCCCAACUCACCUCUCUUAGAAAGCUUGAUGUCCGGGAUUGUUCAGCACAGCUGAGAGAAAGAUGCCAAGAACCAACCGGAGAGGACUGGCCCCACAUUCAACACAUUCCUUCCAUUAAUUUCGUGUUCUGUUCAUUAUAAUAGCUCCUCUGGUUUAAUUAUGAUCAGGUGAACUAUUCAACUUUUUGAUCUCUGUUGUAUAAGUGUAUUUCUAGACUUAAGGAUUGAAUAGCUUUGUUAGUUUGUCAAUGAAGAAUAAUUACUAAUUCCCGUGUCUUG